GUCUCUCCCCUGCUCACACACUGUCUCUCUCUCUCAAAAAUCUUAAAAAAACAAAAAUGCUAAGAGUUGAUUCGUUUAAAGCCUUUGGAAGCCACAGAGCCCCUCAGUGCUUCUAGAAGUGGCGUCUCCACGCAUCUGAGCAGACGCAGAUCUCUCCCCUCUCCCCGGACACCUGGUUCUCAGAAUGGAGCCCAAUCCCCGUGGCCGCAGUCCCCAAAGGCAUGCACUGUGACCUCGGGCCUCUGCGCUGGUCCUGUGCCUCCGGUGCCCUGCUGUGUUGUGUCACAGAUCUCUGCAUCCUGUGGUCCCGUCCUGUUACCUGCCUCAGUGUCCUGGGAGGGGGGACGGCAGGCUGUAAACGCCCGUGCCAUGUGAUGGAGAGAGCCUUGCUGGCUCCCUCGGAGGGGGCUCCAAGGGGAGGGGGCUUUCAGCCAGGGGUUCUCUCUCUCGAGCGGUUUCUAAACUUCCCAGGGAAAUAAAUGCGAAUGUCACUCGGGGACCAUGUUCGUCCUGCAGUAUGGGUCAUGCUCUGGGUGCCAGAGCACAGGAUGUGCCGUACUCGCCGGUCGCUGGAGAACGCGUUUGCUCCGGGAGGAUGAAGGCCUCUUCACUUUGUGUUUUGAGGGCCGCAUCUGGGUCCCUCUCUGGCGGUGGGCAGUUGCCGGGUGGGUUUCCACGGCGGGACAUCACGGACAUGCCCAGAGGCCAGGGCGGGAAGGUCCAGAGAGGAAAACCCGGAAGAAAUUACCCACACACCCCGCAGACGAUGCCCAGAGUGGGGAGCACAUCUUCGUCGUGUUCUGGAGUCCAGGCCCGUGGGCGGUGUGCCAUUCUCCUUGCACUGGGCCCGCUCCUUCAUGGGGAUGCGUGAGGACCACUCUCGAGGCCUGGUUCUUGUGUCCACAGGGAGGACGUGUCCCUGUCCCACCACAGGGCCUCACCCCUGCACAGAGGGUGCUGAGCCUGGGAGGAGGGUGCGAGAGGCAGACUCAGCGGAAGCCGUCCGGGGUCUGAGCUGAGAUGUGCGAGCUCUGAGUGGGAGCAGCAUCGAGGCCGCAUCUCCUGCAGGGCCCAGUGGGCAGUGGAGCAGGACGUGGCGGUUCGCGGCUCCCAUGGCUGCGGCCAGCGUGACCCCUCCCGGCUCCCUAGACGUGUUGCAGCCCGGCUUCUCAAAGACCCUGCUGGGGACCAAGCCAGAGGACAAGUACCUGUGCUCGGCCUGCAGGAACGUCCUGCGCAGGCCCUUCCAGGCACAGUGCGGCCACCGCUACUGCUCCUACUGCCUGACCAGCAUCCUGAGCUCCGGGCCUCAGAACUGUGCCGCCUGUGUUCACGAAGGCAUAUACGAAGAGGGCAUUUCUAUUUUGGAAAGCGGUUCGGCGUUCCCGGACAACGCUGCGCGCAGGGAGGUGGAGAGCCUGCCGGCCGUGUGUCCCAGCGACGGCUGCACCUGGAAGGGGACCCUUAAGGAGUAUGAGAGCUGCCACGAAGGACACUGCCCGUUCAUGCUGACCGAGUGCCCGGCGUGCAGAGGCCUGGUUCGCCUCGGGGAGAAGGAGCGGCACUCGGAACAAGAGUGCCCGGAGAGGAGCCUCAGCUGCAGGCACUGCCGGGCGCCCUGCUGCUGGGCCGACCUGAAGGCGCACCACGAAGUCUGCCCCAAGUUCCCCCUGACCUGUGACGGCUGUGGCAAGAAGAAGAUCUCCCGCGAGAAAUUCCAGGACCACGUCCGGGCAUGUGGCAGAUGCCGAGUCCCGUGCAGGUUCCGUGCUGUCGGCUGCCCCGAGAUGGUGGAGAGUGAGAAGCAGCAGCAGCACGAGGCCCAGUGGCUCCGGGAGCACCUGGCCAUGCUGCUGGGCGGCCUCCUGGAGGCCAGGCACCCGUCGGGGGCCGAUGGCCGCUUCCUGGGCCAAGGCGAGGUCGGGGGCUGGGAGGCCGGCACGCUGCACCCCGAGGCCGAGCUCCCCAAGGCCGCGGAGCUCCGGCAGCGGUGUGAGGCCCUGGAGAGGAAGACGGCCACCUUCGAGAACAUCGUCUGCGUCCUGAACCGGGAGGUGGAGAGGGUGGCCAUGACCGCCGAGGCCUGUGGCCGGCAGCACCGACUGGACCAGGACAGGAUCGAGGCCCUGAGUAACAAGGUGCAGCAGCUGGAGAGGAGCAUCGGCCUGAAGGACCUGGCCAUGGCCGAGCUGGAGCAGAAGGUCCACGAGAUGGAGGCGUCCACCUUCGACGGCGUGUUUAUCUGGAAGAUCUCGGAUUUCGCCAGGAAGCGCCAGGAAGCUGUGGCUGGCCGCACGCCCGCCAUCUUCUCUCCAGCCUUCUAUACGAGCAGGUACGGCUACAAGAUGUGUCUGCGCAUCUACCUGAACGGAGAUGGCACCGGGCGCGGGACGCACCUGUCUCUCUUCUUUGUGGUGAUGAAGGGCCCCAACGACGCCCUCCUGCGGUGGCCCUUCAACCAAAAGGUGACCUUAAUGCUGCUUGACCAGAACAACCGGGAGCAUGUGAUCGACGCCUUUAGACCCGACGUGACCUCGUCCUCCUUCCAGAGGCCAGUCAGUGACAUGAACAUCGCGAGCGGCUGCCCCCUCUUCUGCCCCGUUUCCAAGAUGGAGGCCAAGAAUUCCUACGUGCGCGAUGACGCCAUCUUCAUCAAGGCCAUUGUGGACCUGACGGGGCUCUAGCCGCCUCCCCCCAGGGUCAGGGGUCAGGAGCAGCUGGGCCCGGCGGCUCGGUGAGGAGCCACCACGCUGGGCCUGAGCCUCGCUGCGGGUGGGCGCCUGCCGCCUUCGUGGCCCGCCGGGACGGGGCCGCCUCCUGGGAGAGGCCGCUCAGCCCGGGCUGCGUGGGGUGGGCUGCAGGCCCGUCGGUCCCUCCGAGGGCUGUCCGUGUAGGUGCUCGGGGCGGAGUGAGCGGAGCGGGCAAGGUGGGCCGGCACCUCGUCCUGCCCUUUGGCCCCCGGAGAGAAGGGACGCGCUCAGGCCUGGCCGCUGCUCUGAGGAGAGGUCCUGCUGUGCAGGCCAGCGGGCAGGGAGGGCGCUCUGUGUCCUCGGGGCCUCCCGUCAGCCGCCCCCGGGGCAAGCGUGGGGUGCACGUUGGGCCCUGCUGUGAGACGUGGUGCGGUAGCUGCCCCGUCGGGCUGUGGAGGAGUCGUUAUUAAACUGUUAAAUCUC